UCUGUCACCUCUGGAUGUUUUUGCGCACCGCGUAGCUACUUCUACAGGUCCUUCCAAUGGCUUAGUUCGCCCUUUCGGUCGUUUUUAAAUGUCGGGCACGCUCUAACAUUUGGACUGACUUGGACUUCGGCUCACUUAUCUCUCGUCUGGCGGUUUUUUUCAACCUAUCGUUAAUUGAUCUGCAGCUCUACAGCCUGAGCGACAUGAGCGCAGGAAAACUUCUGAGCCUCAGGAUGGACGUGCCUGUCAUCAUUUUGCUCAUCCACCUGACCCAUACUGAGAUUAGAGCGCUGCUGGCCAGCAGGCUGGAAGUAGACGCUAGAUGUCCCCUCGGCCAGUUCCCUUGUGGGAACAUAAGUGAGUGCCUCCCACAGGCUUUGCAGUGUAACGGACACAAAGACUGCCCCAAUGGAGCUGACGAGCAGCGCUGUGGGGACAACAUCGGAUGGGCCGACUUAAUUGGCAAAACACUACAAGAUGCCAAUGAUGUGGACAAGUACUUCCUGAAUGAGUGCUUCUUGCAGGAGUCGCUGAGGAGCAAUGAGAUCCGAGUGUUGUCUGAUUUUGUUUUCUCAGAAUACUCUUCCCUCCAGAAACUCUUUCUGCAAAACAACAGCCUCCAGUUCAUAUCCAAACAUGCUUUCAGCGGCCUGCACAGUUUAAAGAAGUUGUUUCUCAGCGAUAACUUGAUAUCUUCCCUUAGUCCUGGUGUGUUCAGGGAUCUCCAUCAGUUAGUGUGGCUGAUGUUGGAUCACAACCCGCUAAGCAGCUUGUCCCAGGACACUUUCAUCGGGCUCCAGUCUCUCAUGUACCUAUCCAUGGUGGGCACCUCACUGCAGCAGCUUCCACACCCGAGCUUCUGUCAACACAUGCCUGCCCUGGACUGGCUGGAUCUUGAGGGAAACCAGAUUCAAACUCUCGACUACUCUAUCUUGAAGACCUGCAGGAGGCUUGAAGUUCUAUUACUGAUCGACAACCAGAUCAGAAGAAUUCCUGAAAACACGUUCCAGUCUCUGUGGAGACUGACUGAGCUAAAUCUGUCCAGCAACAGGAUACGGGAGUUGCCAAAAAACACCUUUAAGAGCGUCUCCAAGUCCCUCCUUAAACUAAAUAUUUCCCACAAUCCCCUUCUCCGGAUUCACCCCAGCCACUUCAGUCACCUGACACAUCUUCAGUCUCUGGCGCUGGAAGGGAUAGAGAUCCCAGAUGUUCAGACUAAGAUGUUCCUGACUAUGAAGAACCUUUCCUACAUCUACUUUAAGACGUUCCAGUACUGCUCCUAUGCGCCUCAUGUCAGGUCCUGUAAGCCUAACACAGAUGGCAUCUCUUCCUUUGAGGACCUGCUGGCUAACAUGGUGCUGCGGGUGUCUGUCUGGGUCAUGGCCUUCAUUACCUGCUUCGGUAACCUCUUUGUCAUCGGCAUGAGGUCUCUGAUACGAGCAGAGAACAACCUGCAUGCUGCCUGCAUCAAGGUCCUCUGCUGUGCAGACUGCCUCAUGGGUGUGUACCUGUUCUUCAUUGGAGUGUUUGAUGUGAAAUUCCGCGGGCAGUACAAUCGUAACGCCCUGCUCUGGAUGGAGAGCGUCGAGUGUCGGACCAUUGGAUUCCUGGCCAUGCUCUCCUCAGAGGUGUCUGUUCUCCUCCUGACCUACCUGACUCUGGAGAAGUUCCUGGUCAUUGUCUUCCCCUUCAGCAACCUGCGCCCGGGCAAACUUCAAACUGUGGUGGUGCUGGCCUCUAUCUGGCUACUGGGCUUCAUUAUUGCUGCUGUGCCCCUGAUGAAUGAGGAUGUGUUUGGAAACUACUAUGGACGUAAUGGGGUCUGCUUUCCCCUGCACUCUGACAGGCAAGAAAAACCUACCGCCAAAGGAUAUUCAACAGGGAUAUUUCUGGGUCUAAACCUGGUGGCAUUCCUGGUGAUUGCCCUCUCCUACUCCAGCAUGUUCUACUCCAUCUAUAAAACUGGCAUCAAUGCCACAGACAUGAGGAGCAGACUGCACACAGAUGUGGCUGUGGCCAACAGAUUUUUCUUCAUAGUGUUCUCUGAUGCCCUCUGCUGGAUUCCCAUAUUUUUGGUGAAAAUCCUCUCACUAUUGGAGGUGGAGAUACCUGGCACCAUCUCUAGCUGGAUAGUCAUCUUCAUCCUUCCCAUCAACAGCGCCUUGAACCCCAUCCUGUACACCUUGACCACCAGCUUCUUCAGAGAGCAGGUGGAAGUCUUACUCUGUCGUUGGCAGAGAAGACACAUCUCGAAAAAAGACCGCAAAAGCCUCACCUCCUCGACGAUCUUCAUGGAGACGCCGCGGCCUCCUUGUUACCAGCCACCAGCCUAUCUUCAGCAGUUGUCACUGACCGGCGCAGAUCCUCGCAACGCCUGAGGCCAGGCAGGGACUUUCCUGCCGCUUUGUAAACUUGUUGGUUAAGGGGCCUCUUGCUGGUUUUAUCUUUACACUCCUACAGGGAAGUAGCACUGCUUUAAUGAAACUGGCGGAACAAGAUUAACAAUCACAUGCUCUGACGUGCUCCGCAUUUGUUAAAAAAUACACUUUAUACAUGCUGUAACAGCACUUUGGGGUUCAGCGACGAUAGGAAUAACUAAGAAGAUGGAUGAGAGGAUAAAUAGCAGCAGAUACUGUACAUCUCACUCCCACCCUGAGGACCAUCAUGAUGGACUUAAAAUGUCUUAAAUCAAGCAAGUAAAGUGACACGCAGCCAAAUAUCUCUCUUAUCUCACAGACUCCGUCUUCUACGGAGUGACUUACAGAUUAAAGCUCAGUGAGUCACAGAUGUAACACUCAUCAGACGCUGAGCUGAGGAAUAGGUUCAACGACAAAUGGUUUCAGUCCAAACGAAAAAACAAGGAAAGAGUCUGGGACUGCAUAAACUCAAACAUGGUUUAUGGAACUAUAAUGCUGUCAUAAUACAAAUAAAAUUGCAAAUCAGCGGUUGUAUUUAUUUUCAAUUAAUGUCCACAAAAACUAGUACAUGUUUGAAAUUCAAAUGCCGAAAUCCAGCUCACAUUUUAAAAGCACAUGGCAUUUUAAUAUGUUCUAUGAAACAAUUAAGAUUAAAAUUAGUAAGAUAAUUAAAGGUAUGCUGUCCAAAUACUCAAUGACAUUUAUUAUGCUCUCUGCUUCCUCUCUCUGUCUUUUGUUGUUUUCGUAUUUCUCUCUGUUAAUGUCUCUUGCGCCAUCAAUUGUUGGCUUUAUUGCCAACUUUAUUAGCUUCCAUGAUUAUACAGUAUUGCAUGCGAAAUUGUUAAAUAUAUUCCACAAAUUAUAUUUAAUUCAUGAAACAAAUCUGCAAAUUAAAUGUUCAAUAGCACAUUAAAUUAUCAUUUGAAUCGCAAAUCUUGAUAUUACUAAUAACAAAGACAUUUAAAAUAAUUUUACCCUUCAUGAGUGUUUUGACAAUGACAAUGUAAACUGGAAUUCUGCAUUUGAAUUAUGUCAAAAUGUAUUUGCCAAUGUGAAUUUUAUUGAAUUAAGGCAGGAUUAUAAUUACAUGUACAAGGCACGUAAAAAAUAUGAGAGAAAAAGGGCAAUGGGAGAGAAACAUGAGCGAGAGAGACUCAACCAUCGACAAUCAGUGAAUGUCGUGCAUCAGUUAUGUGUAGCAGCAGCUUCCUGCCUCCCCACUGAAUGUAAACUGAUGCCCAUUUUUGCCAUAUUUUUUUAUGUGUUUCUGAUGUAAUGAGUGUUAUGUGAUAUUUUGUUUUUGUGACAUUUUGUGCAAUCCAUCUGCAUGUACAAUUCAAUUUUAACCGUAUUAAGGACACAACUCAUGGGGGCUCCGUAGCACAAUAGAAUACAAAUACAAAGAAAAAUAAAAUACAGUACACUAUGUGCUUUGAAUAAUUGUAAACCUGAACCAAUAUGCUGCAGCAUCCUGAUACCAUUAAAUCAUACUUUUAUUGUUCAGCCCCCCGAUUGCAUGACUGACCUGAACUGGAUUAAAAUGGUCGGUUAGAGCAUGCUACGUAACUCACUAAUCCAUACAUGAGAACUUUGCUCAAUUCAGAUUUGUUGUCAUGGGCUUGUGAGACGUCACCUGGACUUAAGUUCAUGUCUCUAUUUAUACUUUUUAUACUGAUAAACUGUGCAAUAUACUUUUAUUUGUGCUGCCUUUUUACAGUUGCUUUGAGUAAAUGAAAAUCAACAACCAGAUGAUGGUGAAAGAGGAACAAGACGAGGAAUGUUAUACAGGUGUACAUAUUUCUAUAUGCCAAGCAGUGGAACCCACUCUCAUGAAAUGAGGACUAUCAUAUUAUGCUGUGCAGGUUUAUAUUUGUUGUAUAAUAUUUGGUACAGGAGAUUAUCUUGUCAUUUUAUGUAUUGUGUCUGUUGGAGUCAGGUUGGUGAUUUCUUGUU